AUGGCUGACGAAAAAUUGUCUGAUGUGGCUUCUAUUUAUGUAUCAGCUUUUAGUGAAGCAGUUCAGCCUGAUAAAUGGAUGAUCAGAAUAUCAUUUUCAGAAAACAGUUACCUUGUGCUUGAACGGAUAGGAAAAGGAGCCUAUGGCACGGUUUACAGGGCCUUUGACUGUGUCAUCAGUAAAACAGUGGCUAUGAAAGCUGUUCCGUUCAGGAAUAACAUUGUAGGCAUCCCGAGCUCGGUAAUACGAGAAACCUCCCUUCUGAAGGACAUGGAACAUGAGAAUAUUGUCAGUUUGCAGUACAUUUUGCUUCAGAUUCUUCAUGGUGUUGCAUAUUGUCAUUCACAAAAAAUUAUCCAUCGGGAUUUGAAGCCACAGAAUUUGCUGAUAGAUCGGAAUAAAAUACUGAAAAUUGCCGACUUUGGACUGUCCAGGGCAGUUGAUGUCCCUCUCAAGAUAUAUACAAAAAAGGUGGCAACUCUUCAUUAUAUGGCUCCUGAAAUCCUGUUUGGCGCUGGCCAGUACUCUGCACCUGUAGAUAUAUGGGCUGUGGGUUGUAUAUUUGGUGAAAUGGUGACGCAUCGGCAUAUGUUCAAUGGUUGUUCCGAGACUAAUCUAUUAGUCAACAUUUUCAGGCUUUUGGGCACACCAAAUGAAGAAACCUGGCCUGGAGUGACCUCAUUGUUUCCUUUCAUCAGUAAAAUAGUCCAGAGUCCUCCUCAGGACCUGGCAGAAGAAGUCCGGGGCCUUGAACCUGCAGGAGUUGAUCUUCUUUCUAAAAUGCUCUGUUUGGAUGCCGGGAAAAGAAUCACAGCUCGGGAUGCUCUCAAGCAUGCUUACUUUAGAGAUGUACAGAAUCCACCUUGAUUUCCUGAUGGCAAUCCCAUUCUUCUUCUCUGCUGUUGCAUGGACUGAGAGAGAUUGUAUGGAUCAUUGCCCAAGUUGUCAUUGAAUCUGGUUCACUUUUAGUGAAGCAGUUCAGACUGAUGAAAUGGAUGAUAAGUACCUUGUGCUUGAACUGAUAGGAAGAGGAUCCAAUGGCACGGUUUACAAGGCCUUUGACUGUGUCACCAGUAAAACUGUGGCUAUGAAAGUUACUCUGUUUAGGACUAACAUUGUAGGUAUCCCAAGCUCGGCAAUGUUGGAGAAAAAUGAUUGAAUAAGAAAUUAC